CACGAACGAAGAAAAAUGCAGACGGUGGUAAUGAGAGGUGCCCAACUUCUGGAAAGUUUUGGCUUUAUGGGAAAGGUGGGGUUGCUAUUCGUGGGAAACGUUUCACCGGCCUUUCUGUGCACCGGUGGAGACGACGGCACCUUUUCUUCUGAGUGGAGGCUCGGAAAGGGUUGCUUAAGACGACGGAGGUCGAAUCUCCGCUGCAGAGCGGGGGAGGCGAGGAACGAGCGCCGUGGCGGCGUCGGCGGUGGCGCAGGGGAGACCGAUGAAGAAUGGAUGUGGGGCCCCUCGGCCUCCCCCUACGAAAUCCUCGGGGUGGACCCCAUCUCCUGUUCCCGCGCCGAGCUCAAGGCUGCCUUCCGUGCCCGGGUGAAGGAAUUUCACCCGGAUGUUUGCAAGGACACAAAGAACGCGCAUUUGUUAAUCAGAUGUGUAAUUGAGGCCUAUGAGCUUCUGUAUAGAAACAUGCAAGAGGUGGCGGCUGAAAGGAUAUGUGGAGACCCCUUUGAGAAUCCAGAAUGUGAGGCCUCUGACCUCUUUGUCAAUGAAAUUCAAUGUGUCGGCAAAGAUGGUUACUUAAUCGCAGGAUGUCCAUAUUCUUGUGUUAGAAAGGCUCCUCAUGCCUUUUCAUUUACUGCUGAUAAUGGAAAAGCACGUGCAAUCUCUCAAGGACAUGGUGAUGAUUACCUUGUCCAGCUUGCUGUUGGACGGUGUCCUCGAAGAUGCAUACACUAUGUUACACCUUCUCAACGAGCUAUUCUUGAGGAUCUUCUUGGGAGUGUCUUAAGAGUACCGUAUGACUUAGCAGAGGCAUCUUUACUGGAUUCACUUAUAUCCAAGGCGAAGUUUGAGAAUGACAGGUAUCAAAAGCCGAAAAGGAAACCAAGGGCCUCAACUGAAUAUGUCGAUUGGUUGUGAUGAUCUCUUCAUAUUCAUAUGCAAUAUAUAGUGGAGGAAGAUAGGUAAAUAAAUGUAUAAGACUAUGAUUUUUAUCUCCAUCAAGAGUAACUUUGCUUGUUGUGAUUGAGCUGAUCUUGCUUGCAUUCUAAUGUGAAUGAUGAUGGGUGUUGGGUAA